AUGGAAGAAAAGAAGAGGAUGCCCACUCGCUCGAUCUUUCCAUCGUCAUCAAUGGGAUCCGCACUGUCGUCGAUGGCGCGGGUGAUGAUGCGGAAGCUGGACGGCCCGCCGCCGGCUUUCGUGCACGACCUGCACCGCGAGGAGCAGACGCUCCAGGAACGCUCCAUGUGCGGCUGCGGCAAGCCACCGGCGUCGACGCCUUGCCGUCAGCGCACCGAAGAGGAGCGCGACGCCUCCAUCAUCGGCCACGUCCACCACGCCCUCCGCCACUACAAUGCCACCAACCCGGGCUCGGAGUUCGUCCCCAUCAAGCCAUUGAUGGCCGCGUACGUGGGCUUCGAAGGCCACAUCUGGGUCCACGUCAGCUUCGUGGCUCGCGGGAGGAAGAUCGUCAGCGGCAAACGGAGGCGCAACACUGUCAGCAACACCGUCACCGACGAGCACUUCUUCGCGGAGCUGCGCUACAGCCACCGCAGCUCCGACGCGCCGGCCGUCGAAACAUGCACCAUCGUCGAUAAGAAGCCGCGCCACAGCCACUUGAAGACCUCGUGUACAUUUUGCCCAGAAAGCUUUGAGAUCUUGCACCCUCUUGACGGGAGCUUCGUGUGCAGAAAGAAGACCCAAGCAAAUGAGGGGCAAGGUUUCACGCACUUCAUGAAUCUGCUUGAGAAGCCGUUCACAUGCCCCACUGCCGGUGCAGAAGACAAGGAGGAUGCGGCAGCUCCGGAGGAAUAG